GAAGAACUCCAAGCCAGAGUGUUUCACCUUGCAAUUGCGGAAGAAAACUACCUUUGACCUGCCAAAUUGCAGCAGCCAUGUUCCUCUGCUGCCGCCGCCACCUCACCUUCUCACCGCUCACCGCCGUGCCCUCUCCCAGUGGACACCGCCCUCUCAAGCCAAGAACGCUCAGAGCCCCAAUCCUAGCAUCCAAGAACCCCCCACCACGGCCAUGGCCACUGCCAAGGCGGCAAUGGCGGUGGCGGUGCAGCAACACCGAUGCCGCCCAACCGCCACCCGUCGUCGAGGCCAGUGUGUCCGGCGACGGCGAGAAGAAGAGCUUCUGGGCGGCGGUGAGCCUCAUCAUCGGCACGGCGGUCGGGCCAGGCAUGCUGGCGCUGCCGUCGGCCACCAUCCGCUCCGGUCCGGUCCCCUCCACCGUGGCCAUCCUGCUCUCCUGGGCCUACGUCGUGUCUUCCAUCGUCCUCGUCGCCGAGCUCAGCUUCGCGGCCAUGGAGAGUGGGGGCGUGGACGAGGUCAGCUUCACAGGACUUGCGUCGAGCACCUUGGGGGCAACCUUUGGCGGUGUCGUUGCCGUCGUCUACGCUGCGCUGAGCUUCUCCCUGAUGGUCGCCUGCGUAGCCGGCAUCGGCUCGCUGGUCUCCCAGCUCUUCCCCGCGGUGAAUCCGGUCUUGGCGAACGCGCUCUUCCCGUGCUUCGCCGGGGUGCUCAUCGCGUUCUUCCCGUUCAAGGCUGUCGAUGGCGUCAACCGCGUCCUGUGCGGCCUGAUGCUCGUCUCGAUCACGUCGCUUGUGGUGACAGGCGUCUCCGUCGGCCGGAGCAGCAUGCUGAAUUCGCUUGGCUACGCGUGCUGGAGCCCUGGUGCCAUCUUGCCGGCCAUUCCGGUCACCGUGCUCACGCUUGGGUUCCACGUGAUCACGCCAUUCAUCUGCAAGAUUGUAGGUGACUCGGUGUAUGAUGCACGCAGGGCAAUUCUCAUUGGGGGUGCUGUACCAUUGGUCAUGGUUUUGUCAUGGAAUGCUGUCAUUCUAGGAUUGGCAGGUGCGACCGGCAGUGCAAGGUUCGAUGGCCCUAUUAAGCUUCUUCUCUCGGUGAAUCCAGCAGCAUUGGCUCCUGUUCGAGGCUUUGCGUUUGCUGCAUUGGCGACGAGCUUGAUAGGAUAUGCAGUCAGCUUCCCGAAGCAGUUGGAAGACACUUUGCAGUUGAUUGUUAACAGAUUUUCUCCGAAGCAAGGAAGUGUGGAGUUGUCCAAUGCUGGUGGUGGUCAUGGCAGGAACGAGGUGGUUCUUACGUUGGCAGUGCUGAUCAUUCCCAUAUUUAUUGUAUCAUUCUUCUCAACAGCGUUUGCCAAGGCAUUAGAUUUUGCCGGGAUUUAUGCAAACUGCUUCUUGUUUGGGAUCCUGCCUCCUGCAAUGGCCUGGAUUCAUCGGUCACGGAAGAAGAGGUCACCUGGUUCAUGUGAAGAUAUUUUGCCUGGUGGGAAUGCUGCUCUCUUGGUACUUUUCAUCGUUGCGGUUAUCCUAGCAUUCCGGCAUUAAAAGGUGACUACCCUGAAUGUCCAUGUUUCCAACCCUACUGGACCUCGUUCAGCUGCAUACGGAUGAGUGGUGCAAUUUCACUUUGGUCAAGAAUGGUGGUGCGCCAUUGCUAACGAUAGAACAUCACCUUCAUAACCGGACCGGAGAAGAUGGCACUUGUGAUUUCUAGCUGCCAUGGAUGGAGGGAGAAAUGGUAGCCGAGCCGAUCAUCCCCUAUCGCAAAAGGCAAGGGUGCCCAAAUGAAUGGACGUCUUAAUUGAUUUUUCAUAUUAGAUAUUUUCCUUGUACAAUGGGCAAGUAUUCAAAGAUAAAUUGACAAUUAAGAUGACCAUACAAAACUACAAGAUGAUUUUGUUUUACAGUUGGUAAUCCUAUUGUUAAUUCACAAAACACACCCAAGAGUUUUUGUUUAAUCAAAACUAGCUGGUUACAAUUUUCAAAGCAUUCUAGAGACAUUUAAAAAAUAAAAUCAGAUGAAACGGUAAGAGCAAUGGAGUC